AGUUUUUUGCGGGUUCUCGAAUCAGCACUUCGAUCAUGGCCGCCGUAGACGUGGAAGACGAGAGCAUCCUGGCGUCGAUCUUCAAAGACAGCUUUCCCGAGAACUGGAGAGAGAAGCCGGAUUUCGCAGCGUAUCUGUCGCAGCUGAGCUCCUGCGGCGUGGACGAGCUGAACCGGGAGCCGGAGCGUCUGGCCGAGGAGCGGGCGCAGAUCCUGCAGCAGACCCGGGAGCUGGCCUUCACCAACUACAAGACGUUCAUCAGGACCGCGGACUGCACACAGCACAUCUACACCGACUUCAGCACGGUGGAGAACUGCCUCUCCAAACUACUGCACAAACUCCCCGGCUUCACUGAGAGAUGCAGAGGUUUCAUAAAGGAGGCAGAGGAGAUCAGCGUCAGCAGGAGAAUGAACAGCCUGACACUGAAUCGUCACACUGAGAUCUUGGAGAUUCUGGAGAUCCCUCAGCUGAUGGACACGUGUGUGCGUAACGGAUACUACGAGGAGGCGCUGGAGCUCGCCGCUUAUGUGAAGAGACUGGAGAAAAAACAUUCAUCGCUUCCUGUCAUUCAGGGAAUUGUGCACGAGGUUCGACUGUCUGCUCAGCUCAUGCUGAACCAACUCCUUCAACAACUGCGCAGUAACACACAGCUUCCGGUUUGCCUGCGCGUGAUCGGAUACCUGCGCAGAAUGGAUGUUUUCACCGAAGCCGAGCUGCGCGUCAAGUUCCUGCAGGCCCGCGGAAGCUGGCUGCGAUCCAUUCUCGCGGCCAUCCCGGACGAAGACCCGUACUUCCACAUCACCAAGACCAUCGAAACCUGCCGCGUGCAUCUCUUCGACAUCAUCACCCAGUACCGCGCCAUAUUCUCAGACGAGGACCCCUUGCUGCCUCUCGGGGGUCAGGCGCUGAACGAGAGCGCCAUCUUUCACGGAUGGGUGGUGCAGCAGGCGGCGCACUUCUUGGAGACCCUCGAUCGGGACCUCCAGCGCGGGGUUGGAAGCCGUCUGGACUCUCUGCUGGGCCAGUGCAUGUACUUCGGGCUUUCCUUUAGCCGGGUCGGGGCCGAUUUCCGCGGACAGCUCGCUCCUAUAUUUCAGCAGGUUGCCAUGGAGACGUUCCGGAAGGCCGUUCAGGAAGCAGUGGACAAGUUCCAAGAGGAUAUGAACUUGUACACGCUCAUUUCUCUGCCGUCGAUACUCGGAAGCGCUAUUCCUCCGGCGGUCCCGAGCACCCAGCCGGGCACACUGCAGCCCCCCAUGGCCCUGCUGGAUUUCCCUCCUCUAGCCUGCUUCCUCAAUAACGUCCUGACGGCCUUCAACGACUUACGGCUGUGCUGCCCGAUCGGUCUCGCACAGGAAGUUAGCAGAUCUGUUGAGGAAGCCCUUAUUAAGGUGACCAAGCUGAUCCUGGUUUUCCAUCGAGCUGAGGAAUCUGCCUUCAGCAGUCGUGAACGAGAGUUAUUCGUUCAGUUCUGCAGCGCAUUUGCUGAAGACAUGGUGCCUUUCUUGAACCGAUGUUUACAAGUUCUCUUUCCUCCAGCCCAGCUCGCGCUCAUACUGGGCGUCCCGCCAACCCAGGUUUAUAAAUACGGCAGUCUCGGCUGCAUCAACGUGAACUCGGUUCUGGAGCCGCUGGAGUUUGUUCUGCCACAGAAGGAGCCCGUGACCUCUGUCCUGGAUCUCUGCACUGAUCUGAGCAGCCUGACCACAGCUGAAUCUGAUCCUUCCGCCACAUUCGAACCCUUAACGCCUCAAGAAAAACCUGUACUACCCGAACGAGAGCCUGUGUCAGCAUCUGAUCCUCGUCUGUCUCAAAAAGAGGACUUAUCUUCUGAAGCAGUCAGCACUGAGCAAAACAACCCGAUCCUUGAGCCUCAAUUGAACUUUGAUCUACAAAACUCGACAGGACCAGAUGAUUUGUCCACAACAGAUAAUAAUGUUGAGAUGAAAUAAAAAAACACUACAUUCGGUGUAUUUUAGGGGUCCUAAAAAUAUGCAAAAUUUUUCCAAGGCUUGAUUGCAUUUUUAUUUGGUGAAGGUAAUAGUGUAAAUACGGUGUCAUGAAAUAUGGUAUAAUAUAUUUAAAAUGUGAAAAAAAAAAAUUCAUACGCUCACUGUUUAUGACAGAGGUCCCAAAAAGCAUUUGGACACUUAAAAUAUCUGAAUACCUUUGCAUUAAAUAAUAAAUGCCACUUAUUUUAUUUAAAAAGAGAUGCACUUUCAGACAAAACAUUAGAUGAUACGAUUAGAAUGAAGACAAAAUAAAAAUUCUGUUUAAGAAUAAUUUUUAUUUUUGGGUGAAUUGUUUUUUUAAGUUUAACUUAUGUGUUCUUAAACAUUUAUCUGUAUGUUCUUGUAAUUAGACAAUGUAUUGCAUUUGUUGUAUGUUUUUCAUUUGCUCAUUUUUUCCAGGGUGUUUCGGGUUGGGGAAAGGUUUAAUAAAAAAAAAAAAAAAAAACAUCAACUGAUGAUUAGGCUGCUUGUUUCUGAAAUUCCCCAUAAAACCUGCAUGGAAUACCAGACUGCCUUUGCAAAGUUUGAUUUUAUCUAGAUCACAAAAUCAAGUUAAAUGUCAGAAAUUUGCACAAAAAUAACAUUUCCGUAUCACAACUUGGUACAAGAGUAGAAUAUGGAAAAUACUUUGCAAUAUACAGUUAAACUUGAUGUCAAGGGAAAAAUGAAGCAGAUUAUUCAAUAAAAUUAUCAUAAACAUUUUAA